GUUUGGUUAUACAAUAUCACAGGAUAAACUGAAUAAUUAUACAAUAGCUACUCCGCAGCAAAUCCAUCCUCUUUUUAUUCCUGGAACUAACUUUAAUGCACAUGUGUUUAAAACCACUGAGUCACAAAUGAUGUCACCAUUUCAUAUGUAAACCAACAUUUUGUGCAUUAAGGUUUAUUCUUACAGGUGUGAGUCCUAAUACAGCUACUGUCUGUAUUUGCUGCUGAGUUGAAUAGUACCAAGGAAUUACAAUGAAAGGAUUUAUCAUCUCUAUUUUAGCACUGGCCCUAUGCUUUGAUUUGGCAUGUUCUUUGGAGUGCUACCUUUGUCCAUAUCCAACUGCCAGUGCCGAAUGUACUGAUACAAAGAAUUGUACAGCGACUCAACAGUUAUGCAAAACAACAGUAACCGGAGGAUUUGAAGGUUAUCCUUUUCAAGGAACUGAGAUGGUCAUUCGAGACUGUGCUAAAGACUGUUCUUCAAGUGACAGUGACCAGAUUGGAGCUGACCAACUUGUUUUGUGUUGCAACAGUGAUCUUUGCAAUAACAGAGGUGUUUAUGCUGGUGGAUCAAAUAGCGGAGCUGAAACUGUAAAGAAUUCUUUUGGAUUUGGAUUACUUAUUUGUUUCAUAAGUAUAGUUUUAUCAUUGAGAACUGUCCUGUAAACAAAUGCAACACUCAAAUGACAAGAAACACUAAGAAAGAUUUUUUCAAAGGAACAUAUUUAUUUGUAAAACAAAAAAUUGUGUGUAUUCAUCAAUAAUUCAACAGCACUUCUACAAUACUCCUAUUUAUCAAGAAAGACUAUAAACUAAUCAAGGCCAUUAUAACUUAAAGAGACAUAAAACACUUUAACUUUGUGAUAUUAAAGACCUGUUUGUCAAAAACUCAUCAUCAUGGAGUGAAACCAUCACGUCAACUUUUACAGUGGCAGAUCUCGUUAUCUCUCUAAAACGUCCCCUUGAGAUGCCUCUUAUAGAAAAUAAUGAUGUAUUCGGAAAUUGAGAAUCCCACAGGGUGGCCCGAAGGUAACUAAGAGAAUCUGGCACUGAUAAUACCAUUUUUAAGCAAAUACAAAUGAAAUAGUGUUCUUUCCAGUGUUCUAUAAUUGCAUUCAUGUCUUUUUCUAUCAGUAUAAUGAGUACAUUGUAUAUUUUGAGUUAAUAGCUAGGAUACAUUUGUAGGGAUAAAACCUGUAGAGGUAAAAUGCUUAGAGAAUACAAUAAGACCUGUGAGAGAACUUUAGAUAAGCCCAAGAAAUGCCCCUGUUCAACCAAUUUGACAAACUUGUGAGACACAUUAUAUGUUAGAAAAAAUAACUAUGCUUUGGUUUUUUUUUUUUACUUUUUUACUACAAAUUUAGAUUUGUAGUUUGAAAUGACUUUUUUUCUGUGGACAUUAAAUACAUUUUUUUCCCUGUGUGGUUUAAAUAUGAAUUGCAUAAUUUAAAUUUGAAUUUUGCUGAAUGCUUUAAAUGUGAAUUUGAAUGCAUAUUAUUAAUAUGAUUUGUAAUGAAUGUUUUAACCCCUUUCACAGGGGCCUAUUUAAGGCUGUACUGCAUGAGGCAUACAGAAAUAGUGCAGUCUCUCCAUUGUUUCUACAGCACUGUAUUUUAAUGUCUCUCUUUAACACACAGAAAUAUAGAAAUUGCCUUUAAACAUUCUCCUCUGAAUUGAAAUCUUUAGAAACACAGGGAUAAAAUGCUAAAUCACUCAAAAUACAUUUUUUAAGCAUAGUUUUAAGGUUAUUACCUCACUAUAGUCAUAGGUGACACCAUGUUGAAGUUUUUAUUGCAUUGCAUUCCAGUGCUUAAGUGUGUGCAGCAAUUCUCCUUCAGAUAUCGUUAUACGGCAGUAUAACAUUUGUUUCAAAAUGGCAGCACCAAUAAUUAGACUGAGGUGCAUGAAAAUAAUUUGGUGUUUAAUAUCCCUUUAAUUAUGUGUAGAAGGAAAACUUUGCAAUAAAUGUUCAUUAGAAAUGGAAGUGCACACUGCAAAAUUGACAAACCUAACCCUACCACAUAUCUGUCACUAAUUUUCUUUAGUGGAGAUAAGUUUUAAAUUACAAGCCUUGAUUGGCUUCUUCAAGUAGUAGUAAUAAUAAUAAUAAUAAUAAAUGGUGGGGGUAAGUUUAGCCUUUGAAAAACAGCUGCAGGAAACAAGGUAUUAAUGUAAUCAGAAAGUUUUCAUGUUUCCCUUGCAUGCUAAUUUAUUGUAGGAAUACAGAAAGAAAUUCUAAUUCCAAGGUGUUUUAUGUCCCUAUAAGACAAAUGUUACAGUUUUAAAGUAUUACUGAAAUUCUUGUUAAAGGAACAUGAAACCUAAUUUUUUUUCUUUCAUGAUUCAGUUAAAGCAUAUGAUUUUAACCAACUUUCCAAUUUACUUCUAUUGUCUAAUUUGCUUACUUCUAUUAGUAAUCUUCAUUGAAAAUCAUUCUUACGAAGGGCUUAGGAUGCUUGGAGCUAGCUGCUGAUUGGUGGAUGCACUAGUAUGCCCAUUUUCAUUGGUAACCGAUGUGUUCAGCUAACUCCAUUGCUGCUUCUUCUAUAAAGGAUACCAAAAUAAUGAAGCAAAAUUGAUAACAGAUUUAAACUGGAAAGUUAAAAUGUAUAUUCUAUUUGAAUCAUGUACUAAAAUGUGGGUUUUAUGUCCAUUUAAAAAUAUAUUCCAAAGCUAUAAUAAAUGACUUAAUACAAUUUAAGGAUAUAAACUAUAUUAAUACUAUAAAUACAUUAAGAUUCAUUAAAAUCACUGUGUGAAGUGUUUUGCUAUCAACAGAAACAAACUAUUCAAAUGAAAUGAUAGUAAAAAUGCAUUUUUAAAAUGAUACAAUUAUCUUUUUUCCAAAGGAGUCAAACCACUAUUUAUUUUUAUUUAAAAAAAAUAAAUUAAACAGAUAAAUUAUAAUAUAACAGUUUUGAUUCUGGCUCGCUGCCUCACUCCUUAUACUUUCUGUUGUGUAGUGAGGUCCCAAGAUUUCUGUACCUUGCAUUAUCUGUGUGCGUCUGAUCUCUGAUAAACUAACUGCGCAUGUGCAGUUUGUCUGCAGUAACAUGCCUUAAAUGGCUCGGGUUUCACAAGAAAGCUUGUUUAUAUUAAUUUUAAUAGGCCACAUAGCAAGGCUUUACAAUGACUGUUUGCGCUGCUGCAAUGUGCAGAAUAAAAAAGCCUGCUUAACUGGACAGUCCAGUAAAACUUUCACAAAAAUACUGAACACUUAAAUGUCCAGGUUUAUUUUUUAAAGUCCACUAGUUUUACUUACAUGUAAAAGGCCUCCUAUGCCUCAGUGCUUUAAAAAUAUGUAGCAGAUAGAGAUGAAUGACAGUCAAGGGGGUCAAAUCACUACUAUUUAUGCAAUUUGUAUGUUACAGGCAGCAAUGGGGUAGACAGACUGUUUAGUUGUUAAAAAUAUACAUCAAGAUCACUAGUGUAUAUUUUUGAGGGUGGGGCAUUGUGUGACCCCGCCUACAAUUAUGUCCUAGAGAUUGUUCAGUAGUUUUAUGUUAAACAGACAGCAAAAAUAGCAGCAAAGGCAAUAUAUGGUAACACAUUUAAUUAAAACAAAAAUACUAUUUAAAUCUAUGAUUUACUUAAUAAGUUAAUUUCAUGAGGUUUACAUUUACUGUGAUUUUAAAUGCAAAAUGAUUCUUCCUUUUAUAUCUAUCCUCUGUUUAUCAUCUAUUUUUCUAAUAAUUUAUUUCUUGUUGUUACUGUUAAUUCAUGAACCAAUACUAAAUAAUAAAAAAACAACUUGACAUA